AUGGAGGUCUUAAGUAUUUUACUACAACAGCAAGUUAUGGCUGGUAAUUAUGGGCUACACCCAAAGUGUAAAGGCACAAAUUUAACACAUUUGUGCUUUGUUGAUGACAUUCUUGUUUUCUUCAAAGGCAAUGUGAAAUCUGCUCAGGUGUUGUCAAAGGUGAUAAAGGAUUUCAGUGGCUUCUCUGGACUAGAUGUGAACUAUAACAAAACCUCUCUAUUUUCUUCUUCUGUGGAGGCUGGGAUUUUAGAAGAUAUUUCUUCCUGCUUAAAUUGUUCUAAAGGAGAGCUUCCAGUGAGGUACAUAGGGUCUGAUAUUGGAAAAAAGCAUAAUCCAAUCAGUUGGAGCCAAAUAUGCACUGUUGAGAGAGCUGAGGGUCUUGGAGGAAAGGACUUGGAACAAACAAACAUUAUUUCCAAUUUAAGGCACAUAUGGGAUAUUAAUUCAGGCAAAAACACCAUUUGGACUCAAUGGAUACAUACUAAUCUCAUUAAACAGAGGGAUUUCUGCACUUUAGUUGUUCCAAAGGAUUGUUCAUGGAGCUGGAGGAGAAUUCUUGAAUUCAGAGACACUGCAAAACAGUUUAUGGAUACCUGCCUUAUAAAUGGAGAAAAAGCUAGCUUAUAUUAUGGAUUUUGGCAUCCCAAAGGCAGGUUAUGUGACUGGAUGAAUGCUGAAUGUCUUGAGACUAUCUUCCCUAACAAAGAAUUAAUAGUAGCUUACUAUAUGGUUGAUGGCUUUCUUAAAUUUCCUGAGUGUAAUCAUGGGCCUCAUUGUGAUGGAAAGGAUAUUCUUCAAGGAGUGGAUUAUGAUUUUAGAGAUGAAGACCUGGUGUUAUGGAACGGAAGUAAGAAUGUGGAUUUCUCUAUGAGAGAGACAUUUAGAGCUCUAUCUGGAGAUACUAUUGAGAUGCCUUGGACUAAAUUGGUGUGGUUUAAGAAUAAUAUCCCUAGACAUUCUUUUAUAAGUUGGCUAGCUUGUCAUAAAAGACUUAAAACAAAAGCAAAAUUACAAAGAUGGGGUCUUGUGAAUAAUGCCGCUUGUGCUUUGUGUGGUGGAGGAAUUGAAGAUGAGGAACAUAUAUUCUUAACAUGUUCUUUCUCCAAUAUCAUAUGGAAAUGA